AUGAAACAAAUGACGUUGCUAAUUUUACUAAUUUCAAGUCUACUUUAUUCUGAAGUAGCGUCAAUAGACUCAUUUCUUCAAAUGGAAGAUUUAGAAAUGUAUACAGUUAAGUUCAUGAAGAUAUAUGAUACUGGAAAUCCAAAUCCUAGACUCAAUACGUCAGUAUUAAUAGAGAAUUUGUUUGCUGAAAUAAAUAAUUUGACAAAUGAUUUAGCAAAAAACAAUAUAGAUCUUAAGUUUAGCUCGCAAAGUAUCAGUUUUUCUCCAUACUGGGAAAUACCUAAACAAAUCUAUGAUGAUCUGGAUGAGAUUCUCAUAGCAACUCGUAAUAUAAAUGAAUUCUUUAAAUCAUAUUACACAGAUUUUCUGGAUGGUUUUUAUACAAACAGUACAAUUAAAACUUUUAUUACUCAAGCUAUUUACCCAGGUUCAGAUGGUCUUUACAAAAUGACUGCUCUAAUUAAAGAUAAUAUUUUUUCUCAUCCUCUGCACAAAGAUAAGAAUAAUUUUUUCGACAGAAUCAGCGAUAAAUUAAACAGAAAUUUUGAUCAACUUUGUAAAAGUCAUUCUACACGACAACAAUUUCUGAUUUCAUUUUAUUCUUUUAUUAUGAAAACUCAGUUUAGAGCAUUUCUUAUGUUAUCUUCAGCUUACAACUCUUAUUUAGAAAAAAUGCAACCAUCUAUUGCAAAAACUUCUACUGAAUACUUUAAUUGCCAGCCAACUUAUGAACAUGACUAUGACAUACAAUAUGUUCAAGCUAUUGACUUAUCACCAGUAAUAGUAGACUACCGAUGGAACAAAGUUGUGACAAAAGUUCAAUUACAAUUGAAAAACGGAAUUUUAAGCUUAAUUCUUUACGAUGGAACGCUUUUAGAGAAUAGAAAAAUAUCGACUGAAGAUUGGGAUUCUAGAAAACAUUCUUCAGAAAAUCGAAAUUCAGACGGAUAUAUUAUACUGAAAAAUGGUACAUUUUCCAAUAUUAAGAAUAUUGAUGAAUUUUUUUGGAAAAAUAUUAGCUUUUUACACACAAAAGUUCCUCAUAAUCAUGUUAUUAUUGGAGCAAAUCUUGAAACACUGAUAUUUGAUCCACAACAGCCAUUAUCUAAAAAAUUACUUUAUUUUCGCCUUCACUGUGCAAAAGUAAAUACAACAACAGGCAAAAUUGACGCUUCCAAUAUUACAUACACCAAAGUAUGGACAAAAGAUGAUCCAGAGCUACAACAAUAUCCGGAAUUCAAAGAAAGUUACUCAUUCAGAAACAGUAGUCGAGCGAUUUAUGAUAGAAUACUAGUAAAUACUAACAAUUCAAGUUCAACAAUCAGAUGGCGAAGAAGACCAUCAUUAAUUACUUACAUCGAUUCAAAUAUUAUCAACGUAGAUCCACUGUUGCCUAUAACUGAACUUGAAGAAGUACAAUCGAAAAGAGGAAACGACUCCACCACUGUGGCUGGUUACACGAGGAGACAUCUCCUGGUGGAGGAGGUGCCAGGCCUCUACAUUAGGCGCCUGACGCUCGAGGAUCCAAAAAUCGCACGAGAGAAAGACCGCCUGGACUCAAGGUCACCGUCCCCAGUACGUCAUAUCUGUCAUCGGCGCAGUGGCCAAGUUCGCCCUGGGCGAGGAUCAUCGAGUUACAGAUACUGGUUGGAUCGUACGAACAAAGAAAAACCAGCCUACUUAACAAUAACAUCUUUGGAACUUCCCGAAUCGCCAAUUCCCCUCAUUAAUUCUCAAGCAAGUGCGAGGUUUCGUGCGACCGAGCCAUCAAACAUCAGCUUUGAGAAGAAUGAAAUAUUGGACGAGUUGAUCGAGAAUAUAGCUAAUGUAGGAACAAAUGUAGGAAGAAGAAAAGGUAUCCGCAGUGCAGGUGCUAAUGUCACGAAAACAAUCGAUCGAUCAAGAAAGCAAAACACAGAUAGAAAAGAAUGCAAUAGGGUAUUCACAUCUCUUCCAAAUCAGUCAAGAACCACUGCUGAAGGAUCUCCUCAGAGAAUAUUCACAAACCAAAGAAAUGUAAAGGAUUGUAUCUGCUCGGAAAUAGCAGAGAACUUACGCAUCAACAUUCAGGAGCAGACUGAGGUAAACCGAUCGUCUCGAAGCCCUAGUCCGGAAGUGACUCAUACGAUAAGGAUUGCAAUGAAGUACUUGGGUCAGCCAGUAAAUCGUAAUAAUGAUGUCGAGAGUGCAAAUAAUAAUGUUGAUUUAGAUAAAAUGCAAUCGAAUAUUCUAGAGAAUAGACAGUUGACAGAGAAGGACCACGAAUUCAAGGAGACUGGUUGCUGUUCUGGUGUUAAUGUUGCCUUGGACUUUACUCUCAACUGCAACAGUUCUCAAUUAACCUCUCGAGAUAUCAGUCUAAAACCAGUUACAAAAAAUAGCGAAAGCAUAGAUUAAUUCUGGUUGAUUUAGUUUAAGG